AUGCCAAGGAAAGUUUUAAAAGAGGUUGCCCAACGAUUCCCAUGGUUGGCCAAUGCCACUCUGUACGGCUGCAUGUUUGCCAGUGGGGACUUGGUUCAUCAGCUUUUGGCCAAAAAUGAACAAAUGGACUGGAGACAUACAAGAAAUGUGGCUAUUGUGGGAUUCUGUUAUCAAGGACACUUCAACUAUUUCUGGCUGCGAGCUUUGGAAAAACGUUUUCCUGGUAAAUCUGCCAGAACUCUUUUUACAAAACUGCUCCUUGACCAAAGCUUUGCAUCUCCUCUGGCCACCAGUGUCUUCUAUACAGGAGUGAGCUUCUUGGAAGGGAAGGACGAUGUCUUUGAGGACUGGAGGGAGAAGUUUUUCAAUACUUGGAAGACUGGACUUUUGUUCUGGCCAUUCAUGCAGUUCCUCAACUUCGCACUGAUGCCCCCACAUUUGAGGACCUCUUUCAUGGCCUGUUGCGCUUUUGUUUGGGCCACGUUCUUGUGUUUCUCGCGUCAGAACGGAGACGGGACAGCAGGUGUUGCAUUGGCGUUCAUUAUUGACCCAAGAAAAACACUGCAGGACCUGGAGGAGGCACGCAAGAAACGCAAACUCCAAAAGGAGGACUUUUGGAUUCAUAGAAGGAAAAUGCAUGUCAUAAAGCGAGAUGGACGCCAGGAAGCAGUCUGUUUUGAUAAAAUCACUUCGCGCAUACAGAAGCUUUGCUAUGGGCUCAAUGCUGACUUUGUGGACCCGGCUCAGAUCACAAUGAAGGUGAUCCAAGGACUGUACAGUGGAGUGACCACUGUGGAGCUGGAUACUUUGGCUGCAGAGACCGCUGCUACAUUAACUACCAAACACCCUGACUAUGCAAUCCUUGCUGCACGCAUCGCCGUCUCCAAUUUGCACAAAGAGACCAAGAAAGUGUUUAGUGAUGUGAUGGAGGAUUUAUACAACUAUGUUAAUCCUCUGAAUAAACGACACUCUCCCAUGGUUUCAAAGGAGACAUUGGACAUCAUUCUGGAGAACAAAGCUCGUCUCAACUCGGCCAUCAUUUACGACAGAGACUUCACAUACAACUUCUUUGGCUUUAAGACUUUAGAAAGGUCUUAUCUUCUGAAAAUAAAUGGAAAAGUUGCAGAGAGGCCCCAGCAUAUGCUCAUGAGAGUGGCUGUUGGGAUUCAUAAACAAGACGUGGAAGCAGCCAUCGAGACUUACAACCUUCUCUCUGAGAAAUGGUUCACUCAUGCCUCCCCCACACUGUUCAAUGCAGGCACCAACAAGCCCCAGCUGUCCAGUUGUUUCCUUUUGGCCAUGAAGGAUGACAGCAUUGAGGGAAUUUAUGACACCCUCAAGCAAUGUGCUCUAAUCUCCAAAUCAGCUGGAGGCAUAGGAAUAGCCGUGAGUUGUAUUAGAGCGACAGGAAGCUACAUUGCUGGGACUAACGGGAGAUCAAAUGGUUUGGUCCCCAUGUUGCGGGUGUAUAACAACACUGCGCGCUAUGUUGAUCAAGGAGGAAAUAAGAGACCUGGGGCUUUUGCUGUCUACCUUGAGCCGUGGCAUUUUGAUGUGUUUGAUUUUCUUGAUUUGAAGAAAAACACUGGUAAAGAGGAGCAAAGAGCCCGCGAUCUGUUCUUUGCUAUGUGGAUUCCAGAUCUCUUCAUGAAGCGCGUGGAAAGCAAUGGGGAUUGGACCCUGAUGUGCCCUAAUGAAUGCCCAGGCCUGGAGGAGUGUUGGGGAGAGGAAUUUGAAAAACUCUACACUAGCUAUGAGAAGGAAGGCAGAGGCAAACGUGUUGUGAAGGCCCAGCAGGUUUGGUAUGCCAUUAUUGAGUCACAGACAGAGACCGGGACGCCGUACAUGCUGUACAAAGACGCCUGCAAUAGAAAGAGUAAUCAGCAGAACCUGGGCACCAUUAAAUCCAGCAACCUGUGCACAGAGAUUGUAGAAUUCACGAGCAAAGAUGAGAUUGCUGUAUGUAAUCUGGCUUCCAUCGCUCUCAACAUGUAUGUCACCCCAGAAAAAAUGUUUGACUUCAAAAAGCUAGCAACUGUAACAAAAGUCAUUGUCAGGAAUUUGAACAAAAUUAUAGACAUCAACUACUAUCCAGUUCCUGAGGCUCGAAGGUCGAACAUGCGCCACCGACCUAUUGGGAUUGGCGUCCAGGGUCUUGCUGAUGCCUUCAUUCUCAUGCGUUAUCCCUUUGAAAGUGAGGAGGCCCAGAAACUCAACACUCAGAUAUUUGAGACAAUUUAUUAUGCUGCCUUAGAGGCCAGCUGUGAACUAGCUGCACAACACGAACCAUAUGAGACGUACCCUGGCUCUCCUGUUAGCAAAGGAAUCCUUCAGUACGAUAUGUGGAACAAAACGCCAACAGAUUUAUGGGACUGGGCAGCUCUGAAGCAGAAAAUUGCCAAACAUGGUGUUAGGAACAGCCUGCUCCUGGCCCCGAUGCCCACUGCCUCUACUGCCCAGAUCCUCGGCAAUAAUGAGUCCAUUGAACCGUACACGAGCAACAUUUACACUCGCCGGGUGCUUUCAGGAGAGUUCCAGAUUGUUAACCCGCACCUGCUCAAAGACCUCACCGAAAGAGGGCUGUGGAAUGACGACAUGAAGAACCAACUUAUUGCUCAUAAUGGAUCUAUUCAGGAUAUUGAGGAGAUUCCUGAUGAUCUGAAGCAGCUCUAUAAAACCGUUUGGGAAAUCUCACAGAAGAUGAUUCUUAAGAUGGCAGCCGACCGUGGCGCCUACAUUGACCAGAGCCAGUCUCUUAACAUUCACAUUGCUGAACCAAACUACGGCAAACUCACAAGCAUGCACUUCUAUGGGUGGAAGUUGGGCCUUAAAACUGGCAUGUACUACCUCCGCACAAAGCCUGCUGCUAAUCCCAUUCAGUUCACUCUGAACAAAGAGAAACUAAAGGAGGCCCAGGCCACAAAGAGCAGUGAGGAAGAGACCAGGGAGAAGAACACAGCCGCCAUGGUCUGCUCAUUAGCCAACAGAGACGAGUGCCUCAUGUGUGGCUCCUAA